AUGUCGAAGAACUUUGUGAUCUCCCCAUUUGCUAUCCACCAGGCAAUUACCCUUCUUUAUAUGGGCAAGGAUAAGCACAGGGAUCCCGAACUGGGCAAAGCUCUUCAGUUAGUUGGCCGUCGGACUGACAAGAUAUUAUCCUUUUUCGAAAGAGCCCGCACCAAGGCGAUUCAACAAGACUUUGUGAUGGCAAAUCGAAUUUAUUUAUCACCGUAUUACAACGAAUCGGAACACAUGAGAAGCAUUAGUGGAGGUCUUGGGGUUGAAGUGGAGAACAUACCGUUCUCAGAAGGCAGCACGUCAGGGGAUGAGAUUGAGAAGUGGUUAAAUCAAACCAUUGAUAAAGGUACUCGUAGUCACCUAUUUGUCAAGGAUAAUUUAACCGAAGUCACACAGCUAGUGGCAGUGCAGGGAAACUCUCUAUCGUGCACAUUCAAGCAUCGAAUCAAAUCGCAGACGACUAUGUCCUUCAGUAUCCCGAUGCAUAAUAGAAGACCCUAUGUCUAUAAGGUCCAAAUGAUGUACACCGUGGCGCCCCUUGAGUUUUUCAACGAAGACGAAGUUCGCGGUGUCAUGAUACCAUUUUCAAAGACCGAUAUCGGAAUGCUGGUCCUAAUUCCCAGACGAUUGGGCACCCAGAGAAUACUUUACAAUCUGGAUAAAUAUUUGCAAGUCCCACUGCGAAAAGCGGAGAAAACGCAUUUGUUUUUACCCAUAUUUAGCGUCCAAGAAACGGUCGACUUUAAUUUGGCCCUCCACUCAUUGGGCAUCAACCACGUCUUUAUUAACGUUACCCACCACGACAGGAAUGAGAAUGCUGCUUACUUUAAGCAAUACAAUAAUCUGGAAGUCAAGCCAAAUCGGGUGUUAAUGCAAUCGGAAGUCGGGGCCGACAAUGACCAAAGGGUGGUGAAUGUCAACCGGCCAUUUGUGUUCGUUAUCAAGGAUGAAAACACCAUUUACAUGGUUGGGCGAAUGGAUUCGGUUUGA